GUGAGAGCGGAGGAGGGGAUAGGUCAGUCGCUGUCUUGUUAGGGUGGAGGAAUCCGCUGGCUGGGAGGCUUAGUGGAGCGGCUGCGAGAAUGGCCCGGAGAGAAAAGGGGCUGGUUUCUGGGCGGGACUGAGUCUACGAGGGGCGAGGCUUCCCAGAGAUGCUCCAGUGGCCACGUCCCGCUGCCCCCCCUGAGCAGCCAUCCCCGGAUCGCGGUUCUCUGGGCCCCCAGAAAUGGCCGAAGUGAAGAACCGGAAGAAGCCGGGGCCCAAGGCAGCCCCGGCGGAGCCUGGGAAGCGGAGCGAGGGCAGGAGGAGCCCCGAGGCCCAGGGAGACACGCGCGGGGGCUGGGCAGACCCCCGCACCGGGCUGAGCCUGCUGUCGCUGGGGACGUGCUUGGGCCUGGCCUGGUUCGUAUUUCAGCAGUCGGAGAAGUUUGCAAAGAUAGAAAACCAAUACCAGUUACUGAAAAUAGAAAACAGUGAAUUCAGAGGACUUCAAAGUAAAAUCAGUUUAAUUUCAGAAAAGCUUGCGUCUACUGAAGGUAUCCUGCAGGAAGCCACAUCCUCCAGGUCUUUGGUGACCCAGUUUGAGCAGGAAGUAUCCGGCCUCCAAAGACUCGUGCAUGACAUGGAACAUAGUGAAGAGAUGCUCACUCAAAAGGUGCAAGUCCUUAAUGAGAAAUUCCAAAAUAUUACAGAUUUCUGGAAGAGAAGCCUCGGAGAAAUAAGUGGUAAUACAGACAUUUUCAAAGCAGAAGCAAAGCAGAUACAUUCUCAAGUUACUGUCCAAAUUAACUCAGCUGAGCAGGGAAUGAAACUGCUCACAGAACGGCUGAAUGAUUUGGAAGACAGCACACUGCGAAAUAUUAGGACAGUAAAAAGACAAGAAGAGGAAGAUCUCAUGCGAGUGGAGGAGCAGCUUGGCUCCGAUACAAAAGCAGUCAAGAAGUUAGAAGAGGAGCAGAAAGCCCUCCUCGCCAAAGACGAAGAUCUGGCCAAUAAACUUUCCAGCUACGAACCCAGAGUGGAAGAAUGCAAGAUGCAUUUGCCAGCCAUCGAAAAUGCUAUUCACUCCGUUCUCAGAGUCUCUCAGGACCUGAUGGGAACAGAAAAGAAAAUGGAAGAGCUGACCAUGCAGAUGUUUAACCUAGAAGACGAUAUGCUGAAAGCCGUGUCCGAAAUAAUGGAACUGCAGAAAAGCCUGGAGGGGAUUCAGUAUGAUAAUAGCAUAUUAAAGAUGCAGAAUGAACUAGAUGUUCUGAAGGGGAAAGUGCAUGAUUUUAUAGCAUAUUCAACUACAAAAGAAAAGGGAACUUUGGAAGAAUAUAACCUAGAAAAUAAAGAAAUCAGUGAUGAUUUUUAAGUUCACUACAUAUAUUCUGAUGAACCAUAUUACUGUAUGUAAUUGCGAUAUGUCCUGUGUUUUUGAGUUAUGUUGAUAUUUCUCACUUUAUUGAAAAAAAGUGAGAUAGCCACACAAAUGGAUUAGCUACACAAUCAAGGCUUUUUAAGAUCGAAAAGUUGUUUAACUAUUUCAAAUAGAAUUCUAAACUAUGUAUUUCUCUUCUUUUAAGGCAAUAUAAUUAAUUUUUAAAAUAUUUUCCAAUAAUGGACAGCAUUAGGAGUUUAACCUGUUACGAUUGGACCCAAAUAUAUAUUGCUGUCUUAGAACCAUAUUUUUCCUUCUAGGAACUAUUGAAGAGCAUUUCCCGUUUUGCUAAGUGGCCCCAGCCUUGCUGUUACUCAGUCUCAGAAAUGUGACGCUAUCCUGGAACAACUGAAGGCUUUUCAAAUCGUUGUUCAUCUGAAGCAGCUACAGGAGGAAAUUUAUAACGUAAAAUCUUGGUCCACCAGGAUAACGGAAAAUCAGGAGAUGCUCAACAGCAGUCUGACAGCUCUUUCUCAAGACGUUACAAAAGCAAACCAGAGUACAACCUCCAUGGCAAAA